UCUGGAUCCCGCUCGCUCGCCGCCGACUCGCCCACCCCCCCCCCCCCCCCCCCCCCCCCCCUCUCUUUCUUCUCCUCGACCUCGCUCGCUCGCUCGGCAGUCGCCCCUCUUCUUUCCAAGCGGCGACGACAGGGGAGUGGCGCCGCUCUUGCCUUGCGAGUUCUUUGUCGGGCGCUUCGCCGGCCGGCAAGUUGAGCAGUUCAAGCAGGGUGAUGGCUACAUCAGAGUCAGUACAAGAAAGUUUGAUGCUGGACUACUCACAACCUAGUAAGCCUCGGGUCCUUCUUGCUGCUUCAGGAAGUGUAGCUGCUAUAAAAUUUGAGAGCCUUUGUCGUAGUUUCUCUGAGUGGGCGGAUGUCCGAGCCGUGGCCACCAAAUCAUCCUUGCACUUUGUUGAUAGAUCAUCUCUACCUAGUGGCAUUGCCCUUUACACUGAUGAUGAUGAAUGGUCUACCUGGAAGAAGAUAGGAGAUGAAGUUUUACACAUCGAGUUGCGGAAAUGGGCUGAUAUUUUGGUGAUUGCACCAUUGUCAGCAAAUACCCUGGCUAAGAUUGCCGGUGGCCUAUGUGACAACCUCUUGACAUGCAUUGUGAGAGCAUGGGACUACAGAAAACCACUCUUUGUUGCCCCAGCUAUGAACACAUUAAUGUGGAACAACCCAUUCACAGAGCGUCAUCUUCAGACGAUCAACCAACUGGGCAUAAUCUUGAUCCCCCCAGUUACCAAAAGGUUGGCUUGCGGUGAUUACGGAAAUGGUGCGAUGGCUGAAACCUCACAGAUCUAUACUUCCGUGAGGCUUGCAUGCAAAACGCAACCCCAUGAUUCAAGCAGAUCGUUUGUGAUUCCUGUCUGUAACAAUCAGCCAUCUAGCUGAUUCAGCUAUCAACCUCACCAACUGUUAAGCUUAGGGAUUUGUUUUCUCUGCAGUGUGCAUCUGGAUGUUACAAGUGAAGAGCAGUAGAUAUUUAAUCAGCAGUGUUUGUACCAACCAGAGUUGUGGUGUUGUACCUUUGUGUCAAAGUACUCAAUGGUAAUUACUCAGUAAUGGUAGCGAUAACGAGUCUGUUCAGUUUGUGUUGUCUGUGAAAUUACUCAAUGCAGUUGUGCUACAGCAAACUUUUGUAUCAUCUUUGAUAUUCCUGCUGCAAACACUGGAAAUUUGGAAUGAUUGUCCGACCA